CAGGACAAACAGGGGGAAGUUGGAGGAGAGCUGGACGAGGAGGAGAGAGUGGACAAGCAGAUAUAAGCUGAUCCUUGGCGGUUUUUGAAGAGACAGUGGCUGUUUUCUCCUCUGAAUAGUAGAAAUGGAAGCUUUGAAAUACUUGUUUCUCCUGGCUUGUGCCUCUUUUGUUUAUCAAGCGGAUGGACGCACAACAUAUGCUGAUAUAUUCCCCCACAAGCACUCAUUAUCAGGAAAGUUUCCAUUUCCAAUCCCACCUAUCCCUGGCUGGGAUCCUGACACCAACCCGUGGGACGAUUACCUCUACCCCCCACUGAACCCAAAGCCAAAUGAGCUCAUGCACCACCGAGGUAAACCCAAAGUCCGUCUGACCAGCGACAGCCCGGCCCUCAACGGCUCCUGCGUCACCUUCACCGCCAAGCUGGAGUAUCCUCCGUGCCAGAAGGAGGACGCCAACGGGAACCUUGUCUGGGAUGAGCACUGCGAGGAUGGUAUGGAGCUGGAGGCCUCAGCCAACGGACAGGUUCGCUCUGGCUACGUGUACAACUGGACCUCCUGGUUGGAUGACUAUGGCUUCGGAAAGUGUACAGACUCGAUGAAAUGCAACGUGUUCCCUGAUGGGAAGCCCUUCCCUCAGAGCAACGACUGGAGGCGCAAGAGCUACGUCUACGUUUGGCACACAAUGGGUCAGUACUUGGAGACAUGUGACGGAUCUUCCUCCAGCAUCACCAUCAACACCAGCAGCAUCCCCGUGGGCGCCGAGGUCAUGGAGGUCAUGGUCUACAGGAAGCGUGAGCGCAGGAAGUACAGCCCGCUCACCACGGACAACACCGUCUUCUAUGUCACAGAUAAGAUCCCGUUAUCAGUCAGCAUCUCCCAGAAGGCUGCGAUCAACCAGUCUGCGAACGUUUUCUUCGGCGGCCAGGAUGUGGUCUUCAGGGUUCAGCUCCACGACCCCAGCGGCUUCCUCAACACCGCAUCCUCCAUUGACUACAUCUGGGACUUCAGAGACGGCAAUCAGGUGGUGACACACCGCAACGUGACCACGCACAGCUACGUCAAGCUGGGGCUGAUGGGUGUAAAGCUGGUGGUGGAGGCGGCGUUUCCUGUCGAAUGCCCCAGCACUGCCGCCACCCCGACUCCGAGAACUUCCACAACACCGAGUCAAACAGAAGCUCCCACGUCUCCACCUGCUACUCACGCCGGCACUAGGAUGGAGACCACGCAGGGACCACCCAGCACCAGUCCCACCUCCACCUCCAUUUCCAUGACGACAGGGUUGCCGACCACAGAGCCUCUCCCUCCCACUGUGGCGACCCCCAGUGAGGCCACGUUGCUCCGAAGAAGGCGUCUCAACAACAACGAGUGUUUCUGGUACGCCUAUGGGACCUUCACAGGCAACAUCACCAUUAUCGAGCCAAAGCAUCCACUGAAAAGCCAACCGAACAGUCGCAUUGUGGACGUGUCGGCUGCCAGGGUGACCAACACUGACAUCAACUUCCGGGUGAAAUGUCUGGGCAGCAUCCCCACCUCAGCCUGCACCAUCGUGUCAGACCCCAGCUGCAUGGAGGUGCGCAACAUCAUGUGCGACGAUGUGCCGCCGUCGUCCAAGUGCGAAGUCGUCCUGAGGCGGAAGUUUCUGGAACCUGGAACCUACUGCGUGAACAUCACUCUGGAGGACUCCCGCAGCGUGGCCCUCGCCAGCACCACCGUCACCAUCAACAAGUCCCAGGAUCCACCGGUGCCCAAGACUAAUCACACUCCAGGGGUGGUUCUCUCCACGAGCGCUGUGCUGGUGGCCGUCUUUGCAUUCAUUGCCUACAUGGUCUACAAGCGUCACAAGGUGUACCGGCCCAUCCGCAGGUCGCUGGUGGAGGACGCUGGCGCUGGUUCUGGGGUCGGAGGUCACAUGGUUCGCCUGAAGGACGCUCUCUUCCCCACCAACGAGGAGAGCCGUCACCUGCUGACCGAGAGACACACCGUGUAGGCUUGAUGGAGAGGCAUUGACGUGCUUCUAUUUUCUACCUUUAAAAAAAUACCAAAGCCUGUUUUUACAUUUUAAAAAAAGAAAUCAUGAUUGCCAUAUGCAAAUCUAAGCAAAAAUGUAAUCAUUAAAAAUUCCAAAUAGCCAGAAUAUAUACAUUAAUAAAUGAUACUUACAUCUUGUGUCUUAGUUUAGUUGUGUAAGGGUGUCGGCUCCAGCAGUAUAGGAUUAGUGAGAUGAUUUACUAAAGAGGCUGUUAAAUGUCUGACUGAGACCCUGGUUUUGAUCUCAUCAUGGGAUGAAAUAGUUGCUAGGAGAUGAAUCGCUUUGGGGUUUUUUGAUUUAAAAGAAAUGCUUUUUUCUAUAACCUGUAUGCCAAAGAUUGCUUUACAACACUGUUCCAUAUGCCAUAGUGCAAAGAGUCAUUUACAGUUAAGUGUCAAAUCCAAGAUAAAUGUCAAAUAGUAGUGACACGUGUGUGUUCCUCUUCAGCUGAAUGAAAUUAAACAGACAUUUUUGAACCGCAAGCCUCAAAACUCAAUUAAAGGAAAUGUGACAUGACGUCUCUAAUAAAGGUUGUGAACUAACCGCUCCCGUUUUCAA